UGAAGAAAACGAUAAAAGAAAAGAAGAGAAAAUAAUGAAGAUAGAAAAAAAAUUACGAAAAUACAAAAAUAAACAAAUUAAAUAAUGUUUUAUUAGUAUUGUAAAUAUUUUGAAUAAUUAAACAAACGGACAGAAACAUGAGAUCAUGCAUGACCUGGGGGCCCUUCGAGAGAUGCAAUAAUAAUGAAGAACGAAAUAUGAGACAAAGAAAGAUGAAGAAAAAAAUCCUAUGCAGGUAAUCAAUAAAUACAUAAUUUAGGAAUUAUUGCCAUAAUGAAACAAAAAAGUAGUGGAAAAGUAAUGACGGUUUUUUUAUCAGCGGGUCCCCAAGCUCUUUUUUGUGUUUUCGUUGAGCACCACAUAAUAACACAGCUUUACCUAUCUAUUAUUAUUAAAUAUACAAUUAAUUAUCUAUACCUUCGAUUAACAAUUAUUUCUUUAUUAUUCAGCAUAUAAUAAUAUUAUAUGAUUAUCUCUAUUAUAAGUUGAGUUUUCACACAUGAAAUACAUUUAAAAGAAAACCAAAAAAACGAAAAAAAAAAUACAAAAACAAAAAAGAAAACGAAAACGAAAAAGCAAAAAAAAACGAAAGACAUUGUCCAACCCAAGUGUCAUUACUUUUGAUGUUAAAUAAAAAAUACAUAAUUAAUAGAGAUGUUUUUUAUCUUUGGAUUGAAUCAAGUAUCAUACAUCGAUAUUCCUGUGAUAAUCGGGUAAAGGAUAAAAGCAAAGGAAUCAGGAUUUAUGAUAAUAUGGUAUAAUAGCAUUCUUUGAAUUGCCCGGCAAUCGGCGCGACAAACAAAUGCGGUGCGAAUUUGAUCGUUCUACGAGCCUGCGCCGCACCGCAAUUCAAAUUUGAAAGUGCGUGAUUUUAUAAAUACAUGUAUGCAUAUGCAAUAACUGAGCGAGAUAAAGAAGAAACUGCAUCAGUAACAACGUUUGAAUAGAUAUCUGAAAUUUAAAAAUAAUUUCAUUCAGUUAAGAGGAUCCUGAAGUGCUGUCAUGUCUGUGUGAAGAUUGAAGAAGCCGGUUGACAGAAGAUCAGGAUGUUAUUUGACAACUCGGACUCAAUGGAUAAACAUAAACCCACGUGGAAAUAUAUGUGGUUGUGUAGAGCUGUUAAUGGGACAGUAAUGAAGCAAAUCAACAUAGAUCUGUGGAUCUUACUCUAUUCUAGACGAGUUACAAGAUAUGUCUUCAGUUUUCUCAGUUCGCUGAUGAGAAUCAUUUUUGUCAUGGCAUUCGGAGCAGGUCUACUAGGUGCUUACGCUUUGGCGCAAGUUAAAAUCGACGUGCCGACCUGCACCAGGAUGAACCCAUUGCAAAAUGAUAUUCUAAGCACAGCUGCGUCUGUAGAUUCCUCGCUUCUACAUCAAGAAAUGGCUUAUUUGAAAAGCCAAGCAUUCAGCCUAGAAAUGAGCCUUAAAGAAAUGAAAAAUGAGUAUAAAGAUCUUUCCGACAUCGCUUUUAAAAAUCGGAGAGCAUUUAAUUCGGACGAAGGUCUGGCAGACUUUGCGUCAGAAGCGGCUGGAGGCCUGGUACUGGAUACUCCGGACACAGAAUCAUACUACGAAUCCAGUCAUCAACAGACAACCUUUUUUGGUCUCCCAAUUUGGAAAGCGACCUAUUUCACGCCACGCAAAGUUAUACAGCCUUGGACUCAGGCAGGGGAAUGUUGGGCCUAUAAAGGGGCCAGGGGUAAGAUUAUCCUGCAAUUAGCUUAUGCCGCUUAUGUCGACCAAGUUACACUAGAACACAUACCGGUAUCAGCGUCUUUAACUGGAUCGAUCAAUUCCGCACCUCGUGACUUUUCAAUCAACGGAUUCGUAGAAAGCAAAUACGUGAUAAUGGGUAGUUUUACCUAUAAUAUUGAUGGCCCUUCGACACAGACGUUUGUUUUGAAGAAUGAGGAUAUGAAACUUCACCCGGUCAAGAAUAUGCUUAUUGAGAUAAACUCAAACUGGGGUCAUCCAGAGUACACCUGCAUAUACAGGCUCAGAGUUCAUGGAAAAAUAGCCCAAGUAGGAAACCAAGCAAAGACUACACUUUAUAUCGAGGAUUCAAAAUCAUCCUAAUAUUAUAUUGGUAAAAAAGCGUAUCUAUGAAUAAGUUUUCUCAACUCUAAGGAUAGAAUAUAAUAAAGACAUUGAAUAAAGGUUUGGUUUAUUCAUCAUUUUUGUGUUGUUUUACAAAGUCUUAUCAACUUGAUGACAAUGUGGUAGCUUCGUGAGUACGGUGUUACCAUUGAUCGGUUGACGCUCCACCCCAGCUCUGCUUUGGAGCAGGAGCUGCAGCAGCAGCAGGUGUUGUUGCAGACCAGUCAUCUUGG